AUGGCACGCGUUGUACGACGAUCCCACCCAAAGCGCCGUGGGAUGGAGCUUUUGCGCGAUCAGCGAACAUCAUGGCCGGUCGACGGCCCCCAGUGGAUUAUGGAGCGGAUCCGGACCGAGCCGGACAUGCAGUAUUUGCAGCGUGUGGCGCGAUUUAAGGAGAAAUUGGCCGUGUUAGUGCAUGUGGUCGGCGGGCAGCCCGGCCGGGCCCCGGAGCUGUUGAGCUUGCAGCAUGUCAACACCGAGACCAACCAGCGGCGCAAUGUAUUUAUCAAGGACGGCAUGGUAACAUUGGUGUCGGCAUAUCACAAGGGAUUUUAUGCCAGCAACGAUGUCAAGGUCGUCAGUCGAUAUAUCCCGCGGGAAGUGGGCGAGUUAAUUAUAUGGUAUUUGUGGUUGGUAUUGCCAUUUGCCCAGCAAUUGGAGGUGUGGUAUCAGCGCCGGCUCGACGAAUCGUCCAUUCCCCACCGGUAUCCACAGCACCGUCCAUUCCCCACCGGCAUCCACAGCGCCGUCCGUUCCCCACCGGUAUCCACAGCACCGUCCGGGCCCCCACCGGCAUCCACAGCACCGUCCGGGCCCCCACCAGCAUCCACGUCGCCGUCCAUUUGGGGCCCCGAUCCCGGCACGCAGCGGGCAUGGACGUCCGAACGGUUCCGUGAGGUGUUAAAGCGUGAGACCAAGAUGCGGUUGCAUUACGCAGUCAACAUCCAGGCAUAUCGCGAGAUUGCUAUCGGGAUUAGCUGGUGGUAG